GGUGAGACGGCAGCGGUGACGCCCGCCCUCGAGCACCUCUGCACCGCCGCGGCCCGCAGCGCUCCCCGCCCCCCGCCCCCGCGGCAGCGGGCCUUGCCGUCGAGUGACAGCGGCCUGGGGGGGCAGGGGGGGCGGGGGCGGCCGGACCAGCGAUGCCGGCGGGCAUGACGAAGCAUGGCUCGCGCUCCACCAGCUCGCUGCCGCCGGAGCCCAUGGAGAUCGUGCGCAGCAAGGCGUGCUCACGCAGGGUGCGCCUCAACGUCGGGGGCCUGGCGCACGAGGUGCUGUGGCGCACUCUGGACCGCCUGCCCCGCACGCGGCUGGGCAAGCUCCGGGACUGCAACACGCACGACUCUCUGCUCCAGGUGUGCGACGACUACAGCCUUGAGGACAACGAGUACUUCUUUGAUCGCCACCCGGGCGCCUUUACCUCCAUUCUCAAUUUCUACCGCACGGGCCGGCUGCACAUGAUGGAGGAGAUGUGCGCGCUGAGCUUCAGCCAGGAGCUGGACUACUGGGGCAUCGAUGAGAUCUACCUGGAGUCCUGCUGUCAGGCCCGCUACCACCAGAAGAAGGAGCAGAUGAACGAGGAGCUGAAGCGCGAGGCCGAGACACUGCGGGAGCGGGAGGGCGAGGAGUUCGACAACACGUGCUGCGCCGAGAAGAGGAAGAAACUCUGGGACCUUCUGGAGAAGCCCAACUCAUCGGUGGCCGCCAAGAUCCUGGCCAUCAUCUCCAUCAUGUUCAUCGUCCUCUCCACCAUUGCCCUGUCACUCAACACACUGCCUGAGCUGCAGAGCCUGGAUGAGUUCGGCCAGAGCACGGAUAACCCGCAGCUGGCGCACGUGGAAGCGGUAUGCAUCGCGUGGUUCACCAUGGAGUACUUGCUGAGGUUCCUAUCCUCACCCAAAAAAUGGAAGUUUUUUAAGGGCCCUCUCAACGCUAUUGACUUACUGGCCAUCCUGCCCUACUACGUCACCAUCUUCCUCACAGAGUCCAACAAGAGUGUGCUGCAGUUCCAGAACGUGCGCCGCGUGGUCCAGAUCUUCCGCAUCAUGCGUAUCCUUCGCAUCCUGAAGCUGGCCCGCCACUCCACCGGCCUACAGUCCCUGGGUUUCACACUCCGCAGGAGCUACAAUGAGCUGGGCUUGCUCAUCCUCUUUCUCGCUAUGGGCAUCAUGAUCUUCUCCAGCUUGGUCUUCUUUGCCGAGAAGGAUGAGGAUGACACCAAGUUCAAAAGCAUCCCUGCCUCUUUCUGGUGGGCCACCAUCACCAUGACAACCGUUGGGUAUGGAGACAUCUACCCUAAGACUCUCCUGGGGAAAAUUGUGGGGGGUCUCUGCUGCAUCGCCGGGGUCCUAGUGAUCGCCCUUCCCAUUCCCAUUAUUGUCAAUAACUUCUCGGAGUUCUAUAAGGAGCAGAAGAGGCAGGAGAAAGCCAUCAAGCGGAGAGAGGCUCUGGAGAGGGCCAAGAGGAACGGCAGCAUCGUGUCCAUGAACAUGAAGGAUGCCUUCGCCCGGAGCAUCGAGAUGAUGGACAUUGUAGUUGAGAAAAAUGGAGAGAGCACGGCUAAAAAGGAUAAAGUGCAGGAUAACCACCUGUCUCCCAACAAGUGGAAAUGGACCAAGAGGGCACUAUCUGAGACCAGCUCCAGCAAGUCCUUUGAAACCAAGGAGCAGGGGUCCCCUGAGAAGGCCAGAUCGUCCUCUAGCCCGCAGCACCUGAACGUCCAGCAGUUGGAAGACAUGUACAAUAAGAUGGCCAAGACACAGUCCCAACCCAUCCUCAACAUGAAGGAGAUGGCACCGCAGAGCAAGCCAAAGGAAGAACUGGAGAUGGGAAGCAUGCCUAGCCCUGUGGCCCCUCUGCCCACACGCACAGAAGGUGUCAUCGACAUGCGAAGCAUGUCCAGCAUUGACAGCUUCAUCAGCUGCGCCACGGACUUCCCUGAAGCCACCAGAUUCUCCCACAGCCCUCUGGCAUCCCUGUCCAGCAAGGCGGGGGUUGGCACAGCUCCAGAGGUAGGCUGGCGGGGGGCUCUGGGUGCCAGUGGUGGGAGACUCAUCGAGGCCACCCCCACUCCCGAGGGCAGCCGCUCUGGUUUCUUCGUUGAGAGCCCCAGGAGUUCCAUGAAGACCAGCAACCCCAUGAAGCUCCGGGCACUCAAGGUCAACUUCAUGGAGGGUGACCCCAGCCCGCUGCUGCCCUCUCUAGGGAUGUACCACGAUCCUCUUAGGAACAGAGGAGGCGCAGCAGCUGCGGUCGCGGGACUGGAGUGUGCCUCACUCUUAGACAAGCCUGUGCUGAGCCCAGAGUCCUCCAUCUACACCACAGCAAGUGCCAGGACACCUCCUCGCUCCCCUGAGAAACACACAGCAAUAGCAUUCAACUUUGAGGCGGGCGUCCACCAGUACAUAGAUACGGACACAGACGAUGAGGGUCAGCCGCUCUACAGCGUGGACUCCAGUCCUCCCAUGAGUCUCCAUGGGAGCACCAGCCCCAAGUUCAGCAUUGGAACUAGAACAGAGAAGAACCAUUUCGAAAGCUCUCCCCUGCCCACCUCUCCUAAGUUCUUAAGGCCUAACUGUGUCUACUCCUCAGAAGGGUUGACUGGGAAAGGUCCCGGAGCCCAAGAAAAGUGUAAGCUGGAGAACCACACCUCCCCCGAUGUGCACAUGCUGCCCGGAGGAGGAGCGCAUGGGAGCACUCGGGAUCAGAGCAUCUGAGCUGUCCACAGCAGAGGGGAGUUUGCAGGAGAAAUCAAGGAGUGGGGGAGCUUGGCUUGCUGUCGCUGAGUUCUGCAUGACCUCGGAGACACAAGGCCACCACAGAGCCCCAGCAACAGGAGAGACCCUGAGAGCCAUGACAGGUCUAUGGAUACAUAAUCAGCCAAGCCACAGGGACCGUACCUCCAAACAGCACCUUCCUGAGAUGACAUGAGCAGAGCUCACAGCCACUAAGACCCAGCCUUGGCCACCUACUUCCUAGUCCCCUCUUGAGGCUCUCCCAGUCUCUGAGUAUGCCAUCUCCCACUCCUGUGGCUUCAGCUAGAGGAGGGCGUUGGAGCAAGGAGCUGCUAGUGAAACUGUGGAUUGAUCAAGUAGUACUGGGUGUCGCCUAGCAUCCGCCAAGAGCGCCUGCCCUCUAAGGCAGGGUCUUACUGCUAGAAGGGUAGAGGGGGCACUUUGAUCAUGAGGAAUUUGCCAUUCCAUCAGCCAUGGCCCCAGUGUUAUAACCUUUAACCAAGCAAGCGGCUUGACUGGUUCAGUAUUCUGUGCUACCCAGGACUUUCUUCUGAGACGCUAUCGGGGUGAGCUGACAAUUUGGACUCGAUUCUUUCUGCCCACCUGGCAAUCAAGGAAGGGUUCAGAUGGUUGGCACAGAGCCAAGGGGAUAAACCAGACCACCGCUUUUCGGGCUGUCACAGGAAUGAGAGUUCCAAACAGUACCAGCCUGGACUCAAGAGAUACGUGAGCGUCAAAUAUGCAAACAAGAUAGAUUAUUCAGAGAGACUGUGUUACUGAGGAACAGCAUUAAAAAAUAAUAAAUUUCAUUUUCUACAUGAAAAAAAGGAAAAAAAGCAAAAAAAAAAAAAGCCCUCACUGAACUGCCCUGUGCAGGCUUCUGACUACUUUUUGUUGUGUUGGGGAACACGGGAACAUACCUACUAUGGGAGAAGUUCUUUUUUUCUUUUUGUUUGUUUGUUUCUGUGGUAUUCAAGCUAAAAAAAAUAAUAAGUUAAUAAAAAGCACUUUAUGUUUUUCUAAUCUAGGUUCUACCAGGGACAGUGUCAAGAUCUCGCACUUUAAAACAAGCACUAUUUCCCGUGGGCCGCAUGGUGGCCCUGCACUUGGGGCCACAGUGGGUCUCACUGUCACAUUAGAGUCUGUGGCUCCUCCAUGGCCCCUCAAGAUCACCCCUCAUCCCUGAUGGGUCAGGAGGGGUCCUCAGCCCUCGGGGAAGGGCUCUCUUAGAGCCCUGUGUGCAAGAGACUCACAUGUCUCUGACGGGCGCAGCGACUGGGGUCGGGUAUUGUACUGUUCUUUCUCGUCAACCAGCCAUUGUGUGUUCUGUGUCACUGUCUGUCCUGAAAGCCCGAUGCUCCUUCCCGCAGCCAUCUAGGCAGACGGCACAGCCAAAAGCAAUAAGUACUCAUGUGUAUCCCUAGAGGUUCUGAUGUACUUCCUGGUGUCAGUCUCCCUGUCCUAGCGUGUUGACCUGGCGUUGUCCUACCUGUAACCCAGUGGCACAGUGUUGUUGGUCCUUCUUCAGUGACACCAGUCGGCAUGACGCUGUAGUGAUGGCUUGUCUUUCAGUGAGGAUAGUGUUACUGGUCAGCCUGUCUGCAGUACGAUGGGGCAAUGUGGUUUUCUUACUAUGGUGUUAGUGGAUAAUGUCCCAAAUGCUGUAGUGUCCUCCUCCCUGUCCUCAGAACAGUGACAGGCAUGUGUCUUCCUGAUGGAGCAAUGACAUGAUAUUGAUCACCUGUCCUCAGUAUAAUUUAUGGCUGGUCUGCCCAACAGUUCAAUGGCAUGGUCCACCCAUCAGCACACUUACAUCCAUGUUCUGCCUCUUGUUUCCAUGACUGAGAUCAGGUCACCCGUCACAGGUGGAAUGCUAAAGGGUUAUCACGCCAACCCUAAACAAAGCAUUUUGUACAGUUCAUGACACUCCUUGGUAUCUCCAGGGACCAGGGUCCCCUCCCUCCAGGGGGUGUACCCCAGGGUCCCCUCCCUCCAGGGGGUGCAGUCCAGGGUCCCCUCCCUCCAGAGGGUGCAGCCCAGGGUCCCCUUCCUCCAGAGGGAUAUACCUUGGUGUUUGCUGUGAAUGAGGAAAACUGAGACUUUGACUGUCUCAGGGCCUCAGAACGUUCUCGAAACAGAUGCAAAGGGGCUGAGACAGUGAAGGUUCUAGACAGCAGUGCCCUGGGAACAGGAAGCAGGGGGACUCCAGAGCCCCCUGCUGAGCUCAGGCUGGUGCUAGGGCCUGUUGACGUGACUGUGGGACCACUCUGUUGACCAUCGUUCGUGUUUCUUUGUUUUUUCUUCACCAUAGACGUCACCCAGCAGCACAAAUGUGAAAAUUCAGGGAAAACAAACAAAUGCUUUUUGAUAAAAAGAAAAUAGUUGUGAUUUCCGAUUCAGAUAUUUUUAGAACUAUCUGUAAAAACUCCUACUGAUGAUAUAGUCUAUUUUACAUAUCAGGAAGUAAACAUGUCUUAACAUAGCCAUAUAUAGCCAGAAGGAAAUUACUGCCCCCUCCUUCAAAUCAAGGCAUUUCAUUUGUUGAUUAAGCCGAUGGCUAGUGUACAGAGUAGAAAUGGCUUCUUUCUUAUCUAAGAACUUGGUGCGACUCUCCUUGUAACCAAAGGCCCCUCUGCCUUGUGUCAUGUAGGACCUGGCUGUCCCUUCCUCCUGUAUUUUGUCUGACCUUAAAGUAGCAUUUUCCAGGGUAAAUGAAGGACAAAUUCAGAAUACCCCUUCCUAGCUGAAUAAACAGUCUGACAGAAUUCCUAUAGAAGCAACCAUCAAAACUCAGUGUAAAACUAUGCGUAAAAGUUUUCCGCUUCGUUUUGGGUUUUGCUGGUUUGUUGUGUUGUUAUUGUUUCACCCAUUUAUAUGUGUGUGUACUGUGGGAAUAUCGCUUUUCCUCUGUGUGUGACUCGUGAGAGUACUGUAAACUUUCCUACCAGGCCUCCACCUGCUAAAAAGGAACACUUUGAGCUUCAUUCCACACACACCCUACCUGGGUACCUGCGUUUCCAUGCACUGGGAAAGCUGGAGAAGGGUUGCCAACUUGAAGCUGACUCUGACUCAGUAGUGAAGAGGGAAGCCAGGGUAUGGAGGCAGAGGCUACCGGAACUUGGUGGAUCAUUUCCAUCUGUCCUGAACCAACCGGAGCAAAAGGAAGUGAGGUACCCCAAGUGACACCGAGGGCUGGAGGUGGCGACCCAGUUAUGGUCCAGUUAUAAAAUCAAUAGGACUGUCAAGAACCCAGGGGAACUUAAGUGACAGCAUAUUCAUCCCAUCGUCAGAAAAAGCCAGGCAUCGGACGCUGUGUGUGCCCAUCGCUCGGGAAAGCCUGCCCCGAGGGAGAGCGGAGACAGGUCAGCGCUUUCACCUUCCGUCACUGGAUGCCCCCAUAACAGCAGGUCUGAGGCUGCAGAUUUCCCUCUGGGAUUCCAUCUUAAGCACAUUGAGAGGAGAAAGAGUAAAGAGGAGAUAACAUUGGACAUCGAGGAAAGAAGAAAUACCCAAAUCAUGAGGAAGCCACCCUUCACCCACUCCGCUCGCCCCGACAGCUCUAGGAACAGGAGCUUUUUGCAACUGAGUCUCUCCUUCCAGCCCACCUCCUUUGGGUCCCUAAGCUGCAGCCUCGUCUUGGCCCCUUCUCCUGAGGAGAUACAAGGUCCUAAGGAGGUAAAAAACACAAGACACAGCAGCAUCCUCGUCUACACAGCUGUAAUGUAUUGUCAAUACUUGUAAUUAAUAUGUAUUUGUCUGACUCUGGUCAUGGCUGGAAUGUCUAGUCCAUGAACAAGGGGAUAGUUAAAAUCCAUCACAAACAAUGGUCCCUAAAGCCAGGUCUUGAUUGAUAGAUAGAUAGAUAGAUAGAUAGAUAGAUAGAUAGAUAGAUAUGUAGAUAUAUUAAUAUCUCUCCUUUCCUUAUUUCUCUGCCAGCUUGUCUCAAGUAAAAUAACCAUAAACUGCAUUGAAUCAAAGGAGGAUGCACGGGAAAUCUUCUAGAACACGCUCUUUCAGAGAUGUACUUUGUAUGUGUGGGUAGCCGAGAAGUUGGCAGAAGACAGAAGGGGACUCCCAGGUCCCAGAAGGACAAUAGAACACUCCAGCCCCAGGCAUUUCCUAACCUAUUAUUGUUUAUAUGACAACACUCAAAUGCUUUCAUGUCACCAGGCCAGGGCCACCCAAACCAGCCCUGGCCACACCUGGAAAUAAGAGUUACCUCUGCAUUUUCUGUUGCCAUUUUUUUCUGGCUCUAGAAGUAUCUAUAUAUGCUAGGAUGUCCACACAUCUCAGAGUAGUCUAUUUUUUUGUUCAGAUAAAUAUAUAUAUAUGUAUUUUAGUAUAUUUAUAGUAGGACAAUUUAGUCUAAUUUCUUUUGUAACAGUGAUAUCUUGGGGGUUUUAUCAUUGCUCAUUCACAUAACUGGUCUUUUCUGCUCUCCAUCCUUCCCACUGUCCCUUGGACUGUUUUUUCUUUUCUUCUGUUGGAUUCUGGUUGUCUGGAAGUGAGGAAAGAUUGGAGUUUGACAUCCUGGAAGACUGAGUUCCUGUCCCUGGGGUUGGGGUGGCAUCUGCGUCUUUCCUCACCAGAUCUGUGUUCCCCUGGCUGUCGCUCUUAAGAAUCCAGGUGUGCAGGAGCAAGCCAGGUAAAACAGAGGUGUAGUUGGGACCUGGGCUUCUGGGAGCGGGGCCCUGCCCUCCUGAGAUCUUAAAGGAUCGAGCUUUCUGAUUCCCAAAAAGACUGGAAUCAAGACCCUUCUGCAAGCAAACUUGUCUCCAAGCAAUUGCUGAGCCCAGGAACACUCCUGAGUUCCUCUUGGCCAGACUGUCCCCAUGUCUGGCGUCCUACUUUGGAUCCAGGGACCAGAGCAGGUGCAGGCACUGGCAAACCUCAGAGGAACGUGCUGCGUCUCCAGUCCAUGUCCCACAGUCUCACCAAAAACCAGCGACCAGACAGCCUUGUAGCCAAAACUGAGGAGCGACGGCCCAAAGCUUCGAUCUUCCUGCCCCGUCUUUCUCAGCAGCGCCAAGUGUGAAAUUUGGGGCAAGGGCAUCAGUAUUUUUCCAGCCUCCACUUUUCCAAGCCUCUGGUCCUUGGUCAGCCCUGAGCAUUCAUCUGUGAGGAGAGUUUGAGCCUGAGGGAAGGUGGUGGACGGACACCAAAUGGAGUGAAAAGGGUUCUUCUCCAUCAGUCAUUUACCUGGGAUAACAAAGAAAGCCAAUCAGAUUGCCUCCCACGCUCAACAGGCCAUCUGCUUGCCAUCAGCAGCAUCAGAGAUUUGGGUCAAGCCAGGGCCAUCUCCAUCUCAGACAGCGAUGAUGUCCCCCACUGAAACCCCAAGAGGAAGCUAACCCAAACACAAAUUCAUUAUCCUUGUGGUUAAUUUUUCUUUUCUUCCCUUUGGUUUUGUUCCAUUUUGUGGUGUUGAGAAUCUAACUAGGGCCUUGGCUGUGUCAGACAAGUGGUUGACCCCCUGAGCUAUUUUGGAAUGUGAUUCUAAUCAGUUUCCCCAGCCCUAAAAUUCCUGGUUAAUCUGGUUUGUUCCAGAGUCAAAUAAAACAGGAAAGAGAGAGAGAGAGAGAGAGAGAGAGAGAGAGAGAGAGAGAGAGAGAGAGAGAGAGAGAGAGAGAGAGAGAGAGUAGCAUUGCCCUGAUAUUUCCCAGGUUCCCUACCUGGAUAAGUAAACACUGGCUGUCUUCCCAAGAAAGAGAAGGUACACUCUGACCUUCUCCCCUUGCCUUAGAAUUUCUCUAGAAAUUUGCAAAUGGCAAUUUGAACUGAAUUUGGAAGGGUCUGUCAGUAAAGUGAACUCUCCUCUCCACGUCUCGCCCUACCUCUGUCUCUCUCAGCCAAGGUCCUGAAGAAGUCUAAAAGCUAACAGGAAAGCAUGGGCAGGGAGCUGGCCCAAGGACAUAGCCACUUAACAUGAGUUGGUCGAUUUCUACUGAAAGCAAGUAAGCCUUUUCUCAUCAGUUAGGUGAUCUGCUCAUGGAAUGCAGUGCAUAGUGGGUAAGGAGCUCCAGCCUGCCCACGGUAUUGGAGGUGUUCACAGGGAGAAUGGGUAUUGCACAGAUGGGCCCUGGCAUUGCUACAAAAUUGGACGGGAAACUCAAAGCAAUUCGUGUGUGUGUGUGUGUGUGUGUGUGUGUGUGUGUGUGUGUGUGUGUGUGUGUGUGUGUCCAUCCAUGGCCUUGUGUGCACAUGUGGCUUUCUGCAUAGAUAUGUCUCUUGAACAUUCUGGGCCCAGGUUCAAACAACAUAGACAAGGACUUGGAGCACAGCUAAUGGGACCACAGGUUAUAUGACUGGGGCAUCCCAGAAGGCACCAAAGCAAGAGGGUUGCAGCAUGGGACUCAGCUUCACAAGCCUUCUCCUUGCAAUUUUUCUGACCCUGCCAAUCAUUGACCUAACCCAUUCCCAGUGACCUAGCAACGACUACUUGGAGAUGAGAUGCAUGUUGCCUUUUCCCAGGCAGCAAAGGGCCAACCCACAAAGUCCCACCUGUGGUGGCCACCACAUGGUGCUUCAGCCCCUUCCCCUAGACCCUGUGCCCUCAAAGAGACACAGUGAUCACCCCACAAGCCAGCCACCCACUGCCCAGGCAAUCCCAAAAGCACCAUUCCAAAAGGGCUUUUUUUCCCUGUUAAAUAAAAUACUGAACAUAGUCAAGAUUUUCAAAGGUCUCUGCCCACAAAAUAAACCCAGAAAAAUCAAAAAGGCCAAGGUAGCCAUAAUUCUGCUUUACAAGAAGCAAAGCUCCAGUUGCUUCAACAUCCAUCCCCAGAAGGCCCGCUUCCUGCUCUCUGCCUCCAGGCAACCCAGAGCUGCUGAGCUCUCCCUCACUGGGCACGAUGGGUGUGGAGGAGAUGAGUGAACUUCUGAGUGAGCCCAAGUCCAGGUGGUUUUGAAAAGCAAGGUAGACCAGUAGGCCAGGUUGGCCGGAACCACUUUCUUCUAAAACUAAAUAAAACAGAAAUCAUUUUCCAAAAUCUCAGCCCACAGAGGCAUUGCCCAAGACACUCAGCUGCAUUUAGGGGAAAUGUGGGGGUCCUCAAUUCUGUCCCACUUAGAUGUGCUCCAAGCCACACACAGAGCUCAGACACGUCCUGCCUCCCUAGGUGAAGUUCUGUCUGGAUAGACACUUAAGAGGCCCCAAGUGUCCAGCUCAACUGCACAGCUCCCAGCGUUUGGGCUUCUUCAAGUUUUGAGACAUCUGAGACCAGGAGGCAUCCGAGAGUCAGAUGUGGUUACGGAUAGUGCAGGGCAGCUGUGCUCUUUCUCUAGGCCCAUUUGGCUUGAGUCUAAGCUAAGAGCAGGGAACCCCCUUUUCUACACCAGAAACUCGUUGUCAUCUGUCAGUGUGCUGCUGGCACACAGUGACCAUCCAGCCUGUGUUUGGGGCAAAAUGAACGUGUGAGUGAAAAGCAGAUGGAUGUGUGGUGAAGAGGGCAUUGCUGGAGUCUCAGCUGGGGCUAUUGCUAAUUGGGGGGAAAAAGAGUGGGAGUACCUUCUCUCUCAACUGCCUCCACUAAUACCAUGUCCUCUCUGAUCAUGUUUGGAGUCACAGCCAUGCCCACGUUCAAUGGUAGCCCCAAACUGACAUGGGUCAUGGUCUGCUCCUGUCCUGUCCUGAGGCUGGUCAGCACCUGCUGUCUUCCUGCUUGUUCUAUUCAGUUCACAGGGAGGUCACACGGUGACCACAGUAGCUAUCCAGUAGUUCAAGCCAAGAGUCCAGAGUAGAGGGGGUCUGGGACUUGACUAGGGCAGGAGCAUGGAAGCCAGUGUCUGUAACUGGAUCUCAUUUCCUGAGUUGUAAGAACCAACGGUCUCUCCUUUUAAGUGAGUCCCAAAGGCCCCCCUUACAACAACAAACACUCCAACGCCAUCAACUCAGACCCUCUGCCCCUCCCAGGAUCCCACAGCAUAAGGCUGGGGUUCUUCUGCCAGCAAAGCCAUUCUGAUUGCCCCACCCUUAAAGGGGGCCAAGCCAAUCAUAUUAGCCAUAAUCCACCAGGGUCCUCAGCCAUUUUUCUUCAGGUUGUGUUCAUGGGUCCUGUUCACCCUUCAUCAGUGGAAGGCUCUAGUCCUUCCUGUACAUGUGACAAUGCACAUUGAUGUGUGUGUGUUCAUACAUGCUCAUGAGUAUACACACAAGGAAGCCAACAAACCCCAGUGUUGUCUUCUGCAUGUGGUGAGAUGGACUUGUGACCCUUGUGUGACCUCCGGCUGCUGUCCUGUCCUGUAAAAAACGUUCAAAUGUUUAAGAAUUUCCAAGCAAAUGGUCCCUUAAUGAAGUCUGCAGCGUUCAAUAAAAGAUCCGGAGAAAACGA